AGGUUAAGUUCUACUAUUUCCCUCUCAUUUUAAGCACGCCUUGUUUUCCAAUCUCCCCGCACCCUCGAUAAUUUUUUACUAGAACUAGACAGAAAUUUUUCAAAAAUGGCUGUUUCAUCUCUCUCCUUCACCCUAAUCUCCAAAACACCCAAAAUCUCUCCUCCCAAAGGUUUUAGUUUCACUACCCUCACUAUAUCACCAAAUCCCCGCCUUAAAAUCAAUCCCAUUUUCAGACCCUCCACUAUCACCCUCUUCCUACCAAAACAGAAACCCAAUGUCAAAACUCAAUUCAAAUCCCAUAUCCGCGGCCUCUUCACAGGAAUCGUCGAAGAAAUGGGCGAAAUCAAGCAAUUGGGUAUCGCUGAAAAUGGUGGAUUCGACAUGAGAAUCGGCGCCAAGACUGUUCUUGAAGGCGUAAACCUCGGCGAUAGCAUUGCCGUGAACGGUACCUGCCUUACGGUGACGGAAUUCGACACCAAAUUGUCUGAAUUUAGCGUCGGAUUAUCGCCCGAGACUCUGCGAAAAACAUCAUUGAUCGAGCUCGAACCGGGCUCAGUCGUGAAUUUGGAGCGGGCGGUGCAGCCCACGAGCCGAAUGGGCGGGCAUUUCGUACAGGGGCAUGUGGAUGGGACGGAGAUAGUGGCAAAGGAGCCUGAGGGGGAUUCCUUGUGGAUUAAAGUAAGAACGGGGAAGGAGUUGUUAAAAUAUAUCGUGCCCAAGGGAUUUAUAGCGGUGGAUGGGACGAGUUUGACGGUGGUUGAUGUGUUUGAUGAGGAGGGCUGCUUUAAUUUCAUGUUGGUGGCUUAUACUCAGCAGAACGUGGUGAUUCCUUUGAAGAAAGUUGGGCAGAAGGUCAACUUGGAGGUGGAUAUACUGGGGAAGUACGUGGAGAGGCUGCUUAGCUCUGGUUUUGUUGAGUCUAUUAGAUCUUCAUGAAAAAAGGUACUCACUUAUGGUUUUGUUUCAGUUAAUGUAUCAUUGUCUGAUAUAAUGUAUGUUGUUAUUGUUUGAAUAAGGAAGACGGAAUUUUGAUUGA